AGCGCGGCCGCGGCCGCCUCCCACCCGCGGGAGCCGCGCGUCCGUCGGUCGGUCGGUCGGUCUGUCUGCGCGCCGGCGACACCGCUGGGUGACACCCACCCGGGGGAGCCGAGGACGCGGGGUGACAGCGGGGAAAGAAGAAGGAGGCGGAGAAGCGGUCGCGAACACGAGUGGGGUGGGGCGUGCCCACGGCCCCCGCCCCUCUCGGCACCCCCGCCGGGGCGCAGAGCCGCAAACCUCGCGCGCCAGAGGCCCCGGGGUCCGCGCCGCACCCCUCCCCUCCCCUUGGCCUUCUGCAGCCACCCAGGCCCUCCAGAACCUGGUGGAACCCGGCCCCCCGCGGCAGGGCCCAGGGCCAGCCCCAUUGGGCCCGAGGAGCCGUCGGGGGUGGGGACGAUUGUCGCCCCUGGAAGCCGACUAGGCGCAAGGUCUGGAACGCAGCGGGGGCACCCGGGGCGCAGGGCUGCCACCGGCGCAGAGAGCCGCAGCAGCGUGGCCUGAAAGGAGGACAGGAGCCAGCGGAGACUGAGGCCAGGGGGACCCCACUGCUGUCCUGAUUAGGGACCCCAGCAGUGCACCGGCUGCACAUCUGCUCACCUCUCCAUUCUGAGACUUAGCUGCCAGACCCAGGAGCCUGCUUGGAAGGAGUGGAAGGAGGCCACGCUGUCCUCGGACCCUGGUGACAAGGGCCCAGGACCUGCCCUCCCUUCCUCCAGCCACCAGGCCCAGAAGCCACCACCGCCGCUGGGCCCUUCUCGGAAGGCUGCGCUGGCCCCUGAGGCCUCAGCGACUAUGUCUCGGCCUGGCCAGGGCGUGAUGGUGCCGGGGAGCGGCCUGGGCUUCCCCCCGCAGAACGUGGCCCGCGUGGUGGUGUGGGAGUGGCUCAACGAGCACAGCCGCUGGCGGCCCUACACGGCCACCGUGUGUCACCACAUCGAGAACGUGCUCAAGGAGGACGCGCGCGGCUCCGUGGUCCUGGGGCAGGUGGACACCCAGCUUGUGCCCUACAUAAUCGACCUGCAGUCCAUGCACCAGUUCCGCCAGGACACCGGUACCAUGAGGCCAGUUCGGCGCAACUUCUACGACCCAUCGUCGGCGCCCGGCAAGGGCAUCGUGUGGGAGUGGGAGAACGAUGCGGGAGCGUGGACAGCCUACGACAUGGACAUCUGCAUCACUAUCCAGAACGCCUACGAGAAGCAGCACCCGUGGCUGGACCUGUCGUCGCUGGGCUUCUGCUACCUCAUCUACUUCAACAGCAUGUCCCAGAUGAACCGCCAGACCCGCCGGCGCCGCCGCCUGCGCCGCCGCCUGGACCUCGCCUACCCACUCACGGUGGGCACCAUCCCCAAGUCCCAGUCCUGGCCCGUGGGUGCCAGCUCGGGCCAGCCCUGCUCCUGCCAGCAGUGCCUGCUGGUCAACAGCACCCGGGCGGCCUCCAACGCCAUCCUGGCCUCCCAGCGCCGCAAGGCCACUCUGCCACCUCCACCACCGCCUCCGGGAGGACCUCCGGGGGUGCCCCCCACCGUGCGCCCCAGCGCCACCUUCGCGGGCCCCGCGCUCUGGGCCACCUCACCUGCCAUCAAUGGCACCACCGAGCCCGGGCCCGGUCCUGGAGCGCCUCCGAGGAGCCCCAGUGCCCCUAACAGUGCGCCCACCCCAGGACAGAACAACCUCAACCGACCCGGACCCCAGCGCACCACCAGUGUGGGCACACGCGCAGCUGUCCCGCCUGGGGUCCCUGCACUCCCCGUGAAGAACUUGAACGGCACUGGGCCCGUCCAUCCAGCCCUGGCAGGGAUGACUGGGAUCCUGCUAUGUGCUGCUGGCCUGCCUGUAUGCCUGACUCGGGCCCCCAAGCCCAUCCUGCACCCGCCGCCUGUCAGCAAGAGCGACGUGAAGCCGGUGCCUGGCGUGCCCGGGGUGUGCCGAAAGACCAAGAAGAAGCACCUGAAGAAGAGUAAGAACCCCGAGGAUGUGGUGCGGAGGUACACACACAAAGUGAAGAGCCCACCGGAUGAGGACUGCACCAUCUGCAUGGAGCGGCUGGUCACGGCCUCCGGCUAUGAGGGCGUGCUGCGGCACAAGGGCAUGCGGCCGGAGCUGGUGGGUCGCCUGGGCCGCUGCGGCCAUGUGUACCACCUGCUGUGCCUUCUGGCAAUGUACUCCAACGGUAACAAGCCCUCCCCACCCCAGGAUGGCAGCCUGCAGUGCCCCACCUGCAAGGCCAUCUACGGAGAGAAGACGGGCACCCAGCCGCCUGGGAAGAUGGCAUUCCAUCUCAUCCCACACUCGUUGCCCGGCUUUGCCGAUACCCAGACCAUCCGCAUCGUCUAUGACAUCCCCACAGGCAUCCAGGGCCCAGAACAUCCUAACCCGGGCAAGAAGUUCACCGCAAGAGGGUUCCCGCGUCAUUGCUACCUGCCCAACAAUGAGAAAGGCCGGAAGGUGCUGCGGCUGCUUAUCACCGCCUGGGAGCGGAGACUCAUCUUCACCAUCGGCACGUCCAACACCACGGGGGAGUCGGACACCGUGGUGUGGAACGAGAUCCAUCACAAGACCGAGUUUGGCUCCAACCUCACGGGCCACGGCUACCCGGACGCCAGCUACCUGGACAACGUGCUGGCCGAGCUCACGGCCCAGGGCGUGUCCGAGGCUGUGGGGACCAAGGCCUGAUCCCCAGGGUGCCCACGUCCCCUCCUGCUUUGCCCCUGAUGCGCGGAGCACUGCGCCUCCUUCUGCCAGGUGUGUCCUGGUGCCCGGGUUGUGUGCUGGGAAGGAGCCUGCCUGGGAAGUGGCUGGUGGCCGGAUGGGUGACAGGCGGCCAGGGUGCCCAGCAGCUCUGCCCAGAGCUCCGGAGAAGGUGAAGAGAGAGUAUCGAGUACCUAGUACCGGAAGCCACCACGAAGGCAUUCCCACCCACCCUUGGGUCCUGAUGAACACAUGCACGCGUACCCAACGUGCCUCUAUUUGCCCCCAAAACUGGGGGGAGACAGAAAGACCCUGCAAAUCCCCAAUGGUGGAUUUCCAUCAGCGUCCUUGCACCGGCUGGCCUCUGUAGCAGCAGAAUUCAGGUCAAAUGCUUCGGAGCCAGUGGGGGAGCCCAAAACGGGGGGGUGCACCUGGAAGCUUCCAUCCUCCAUCUCUACCAGCUACUGAGGGGCAUUUGUGGGCGCUUGGGGGGGUGAGUGCCCACCAGAGCAUCCAGCAGCUUUGCAAAAGGGGUGGGCCAGGGAGAGGGAGACCCACUCCCUCUGGACCCCCAAUUCUCUUAUUUUUGUGCUUGUCUCUUUCUCCUUUUGGGACCUGGAUCUUUUUCCCCCCUUCUUUCAUUCCAGGCCUUAUGUCUGUCCCAGAUCAAGGCAGAGUCCUCUGUGCCAACCUAUCCCCUUUUUCCCCCAUGUCCCCAUCCAUCCAGGAGGCCUGACUGAGGCCAGAGGGGUUAAGAGCAUAACAGGCAGGAAAGAGUCCUUGCCCUGGGAGUGGGCUGUGGGGUGGCUGACCGGCUAGGCCAACCAGGGGCCUGUUGCCCAGGCAACACACCAGCUCCGCCUCUGUUGAUUGGCUGCUGCGGGUGGAUGUCAGCCAAGAUUUAAAGGCAAGCCAGCGCCAGGGACUGCUCUUUUGAAAACCUACCAUUCCCACUGAGGUUGGUGAAUAAACGGCCUUUCUCCUCCUCACCCAUA